GUGUGGGUGGGAUUAGAGGACUGAGGCCAGGGAAGCUAGGAAGCAAGGUGUGUUAGCUUGGGAAGUGGGACUAAAAAGUCAAAGUCAGGAGUGUCAAGAAUCCCUUACCCGACUGAGCUGGGGUUGGGGUUGAGAGGUAGAGCGGCUGCACAGUGUGGAAUCGCGUGGUGGAGACCUGAGUAUGGAGGAAACGGCGGGGCUCGAAGGACCGGAAAACUUACCUAUACCGCAGGGCUCACUGAACACCCAGACCUGCUCACCUGUGAAGCAUAACAAGGAGACCGGGAAGAUAUAGAGGGAGGAGACAGUAGCUAAGGAUCCAGAACCACAAUCUGGCUAUUCAUUGUUAUUCAAAGAGACAAUCAAAGAAGAGAAACAGGAAGAAAUGGCCAAUUCACCAGGAAACAUGUCCCAGGGUCUGUUGACAUUCCGAGAUGUGGCUGUGGACUUCUCUCAAGAGGAAUGGGAAUGCCUGGACUCUGCUCAGAAGGCUUUGUACAUUGAUGUGAUGGUAGAGAAUUAUAGCAACCUGGUCUCUGUGGAGAACUACUGCAUAUGUGAUACUGUCCAUCAACCUGUGAGGACUGAAAAGGAGUCUCGUCAGUGUAAUGAGCUUGGUGAAAUGCUUCAUGAACCCUCCAACUGUGCACUUUAUAUAAGAAGUGACACUACAGAAACCUCUAAUAAUCACAGAUGCUGUGAUGAGAAGGAUGCCUCUGUUGACACAUCAAACGCAGAUAGACACAAAAGUAUGCACACUGGCGAAGACCCUUGCCAAUCUAAAGACUGUGAGAAAUCUUUCAAGUUGUAUUCCAACAUUAGGCAAGAUCAAAGACUCUACACUGCAAAGAAAGAGCACAAGCAGGAUGAACAUGAUGACCAUUUCAGCUCUCUAUAUAGUCUCAUGCAAGAAACAGUUGACAUGGAAGAAAAACCAUAUCAGUGUGGGCACUGCAGGAAAUACUUCAGUACCACCUCAAGCCUCAGUAUACAUCAGAGAAUUCAUACUGGAGAGAAACCCUACAAGGGCAAUAUUUGUGGCAAAUCCUUUAAUCAGUGGUCUAGCCUUAAAACAGAUCAAACACUUCAUAUAGGAGAGAAACCUCACAAAUGCAAAGAAGGUGGAAAGUCAUUUGUGCAGGUAUCUGCACUUAAAAGCCAUCAGAGAAGGCAUAAUGGAGAGAAGCCUUACAAAUGUAAGGAGUGUGACAGAUCCUUUGCCUACUGUGCAUCAUUAAGAUGGCAUCAGAAAAUCCAUUCUCCUGAGAUACUUUAUGAAUGCAAAGAAUGUGGUAAGUCCUGUUUUGAAUUAUCGCAUCUUAAAAGGCAUUGCAGAAUUCAUCCUGGCGAAAAGCCUUACAGAUAUGAGGUAUGUGAUACAUCUAUUGCUGUGAAUUCAACUCUUAAAACUCAUCAGAAAAUUCAUACCAGAGAGAAACCUUACAGAUAUAGAGAAUGUGACAAAUCUAUUACCAAGUGCUCAUAUCUUAGGACAUAUCAGAGAGUUCAUACUGGAAAGAGACCGAAUAGAUGUACAGAAUGUGACAAAUCUUUUACUAAGCACUCAAAUCUUAGAAAACAUCAGAAAAUUCAUACUGGAGAGAAACCUUCCAAGUGCAAAGAUUGUGACAAAUCCUUUCUCCGGAUUUCUAGUGUUAGAAUACAUCAGAAAAUUCAUGCUGGAGAGAGACGUUAUAGAUGUAAGGAAUGUAGCAGAUCUUUUACCUGGUUCUCAAAUCUUAGAGUCCAUCAGAGAGUUCAUUCUGGCGAGAGACCUUACAGAUGUAAGGAAUGUGGCAAAUCUUUUACUACGGGCUCAAAUCUUAGAGUACAUCAGAAAAUUCAUACUGGAGAGAAACCUUACAAAUGUAAAGACUGUGACAUAUCCUUUCUGUGGAUUUCAAAUCUUAGAACACAUCAGAAAAUUCAUACUGGUGAGAAACCUUACAAAUGUAAGGAAUGUAACAAAUCUUUCACAAGGUGCUCAUAUCUUAGAGACCAUCAGAAAAUUCAUACUGGAGAGAAACUUUACAAAUGCAAAGAUUGUGAUGUUUCCUUUAUGUGGAUAUCAAGUCUUAGAAGACAUCAGAAAAUUCAUACUGGAGAGAAACCUUACAAAUGUAGAGAAUGUGAGAAAUCCUUUACUCAGUGUUCAACUCUAAGAGACCAUCAGAAAAUUCAUACUGGAGAGAAACCUUAUAAAUGCAAAGACUGUGGCAUAUCCUUUUUGUGGAUUUCAAGUCUUAGAAGACAUCAGAAAAUUCAUACUGGAGAGAAACCUUACAAAUGCAAAGAUUGUGACAUAUCCUUUCUGUGGAUUUCGAAUCUUAGAACACAUCAGAAAAUUCAUACUGGAGAGAAACCUUACAAAUGUCAGGAAUGUAACAAAUCUUUUACUAGGUGCUCAUAUCUUAGAGUCCAUCAGAAAAUUCAUUCUGGAGAGAAACCAUACAAAUGUAAAGACUGUGACAUAUCCUUUAUGUGGAUUUCGAAUCUUAGAAGACAUCAGAAAAUUCAUACAGGAGGAAAACAUACCCCUGUAAAUAAUGUGACAUAACAUUUAUCUGGUAUUCUCUGCUUGCAAAUCAAAAGGAGAUAAGUGAUUGAAACAUAAAGAUAACAUAACAAGAUUGUUAAAGCCUUUAAUGAAGAGUGAAAUCUUAAAAAAUGCAUCAGAGUUUAUAUUAAAAUAAAAUUCUGC